GUACUGGGCAGCGAUGUGCUCGCUCCCACCGAAAGAUUUGCCACCAACAUCGAAGCUCAAACCUGUGACGGAGGACACUCACAAGAAGCUGCUCCUCCUGUACAGCCCGGAGACCUCGGAAGCCAGCGAGGCGAUGAGGCUCCUGGUAGAGGAGUUCCCCUCAGAGCUAAGGUGUCGGCCCCUGGACCUAGAGCGGCUGAUGCAGGUCUGGAUCCUGAAUUGCUUCGAGCAUACGGACGAGCCGCUAGGCUACGCCACCUACUUCAUGUCUUCCUUCAUGUCUCACUCCUGUCGUCCAAACUCCCUGUGGCACUACGACGGGGAUGAUUUCAUCCUCAGAGCACGGGAGCGAAUACAGGCUGGCGAUGAGAUCACAGUGUCGUACCUCUCUGAG